AUGGCUUUACCGUUUCUGCCAGGGAGCUCUCGCAAUACUCAUCUUGGACAGGAGAAAUUUCACAAAUCCCAACAUUUCGACCAUUCCAAUGGAAUUCCAAUGCUGGUGGGAUCAGAGAAGCCGGGUAUUGGAGGCGAGCGUUUGGAGGGCCAGAACAUUAAACCAAAACAUUCUGUUUAUCCCAAAGGACAGGGCCGUGAUCUGCCAUCAUGGAUAGCCUUUGAUAAGCAGGUUCUGUGUUUUGAAGCUUACUUUGAGGAGACUGUGCCUUUUGCACAAAAUGAGAAACACCGGAUCAGAAAGUGUCAGAUCUACUUCUACCUGGAAGAUGACACCAUCCAGGUGGUGGAGACACAAUACAAGAACAGUGGCCUCCCUCAAGGAACCUUGAUUCGUCGCCACCGGGUCCCUCUCCCUCCCCCAAAGGAUGACCAGUUCUACAACGUUUAUGAUUUCAACCUCAACCAACAGAUGGUGCUGUACUCUCGCACGUUCACUCUGACCAACUGUGACACCUUCACAAGGAACUUUCUGACAAAACUGGGGGUGCAGCUGAAUGAACCCAUUAAUGUGCCCGAUGACCCUUACAGCAACCUCCGGAAGCAGUGGGAUGAGAUGAAUCCCCUUCAUCCCUAUGAGAGACGUGACACGCUGAAGCAGUUCCUGGACCACGACCGUGAACUGCUGCGCUUCUACUGUUACUGGGAUGAUUCGGAGAGCGCGUGUGGAGACCUGCGGGAGCUCAUACUUCUCUACUUCCUUGCCGAUGACACUAUAGAGAUAUUGGAAGUGAUCCCACCAAACUCAGGAAGAGAUGCUAGGACCAAAUUCUUGCAUCGCAGCAAAUUACCCAAGACGGGAACUAUUAGUGAGGAGUUUUAUAAGGACUGUGACCUGGCUGUGGGUGGUGAAGUAAACGUGUGGGGCAGGAGAGUGGUCCUCGCUGACUGCGAUGACUUCACCAAACAACACUACCGCUCCAAAUAUGGCAUAGAGGACUUCACUCCAGUGCAGUACAAAGUUCCCCCAGCCCCCGAGCUGCCGAAGCCUGUGCCCCCCUUCAAUGGCUUUGGCUCAGAGGAGGACUCGUUGCAGGCCUGUCUGAAAUUGUUGCCCAAACCCCCCAGGAAAGAUUUCAAUAAGUUUAUGGAGAAAGACAGAUGUGGCCUAAACAGUAAUGCGCUCACGUUCCGUGCCAAGAUGACCACUGAUACAUUUGAGGCAGAGAGGGUGUUUUUCAUCUCCUUCCACCUCUGUGAUGACACUAUGAGUGUGGUUGAGACCCCUCAGAAAAACUCAGGUAUGCUGGGUGGGAGGUUUCUUGAGCGUCGCCGCAUGAAGAAGCCUGGCCAGGAGCUGUUUAAGAGCGAGCCGUCUGAGUACUUCACAGCUCAGGAUCUGUAUGUUGGAGCAAGCAUUUACCUCUGUGGUAAAGUCUUCCAGCUUCUGGACGCAGAUGAAUAUACACUCAACUACAUGGAGCAGCAUGCAGAGGAGUUCCCCAAAGCCAACAUAGGUAACAUCCUCAGCAAACUGCGCUCCAUUCCGGAGGGAAAACAGGCUGAAGUAAGAAAGUUUCUGGCUCUCGGUGACCCCGGCAACACCGGCCUCAUCCCGUAUCAGUCAUUCAGGAGCUUCCUGAUGGGCCUUGACUGCGGUCUGACGGAGCAUGAAGUUCUGGUUGUGAGCCGAUGUUUCUCAGAGCGCAAACAGCCUGAGGAGGACGUGGGAUUGAUGCUUGCUGUGGCCCAGGACUUCCUCAAGAGGAAAAGCUUUCAGGAGCUCCAUGAACUGGCCAGAGCAUUUAGGCAGCGUGACCGGCAAAAAACUGGCCGUCUCUCCACCAAGGAGACGAGGAACAUAUGUAAAGCCUUCAAGCUUCCCCUGCCUGAAAAGCUGCUUGAAGAUCUGCUCAGCAAGUUUGCUGAUGAAGACAAGAUUGACUAUAAUGCCUUCCAUGCUGGUAUUAACUGGGAAGAUCACUGCGCUCCACAAGUAAUGCCAGAGGACGUCUUAAGGUUUGUGGUGAACACAAGGCCUCAUGUUGACGGAGCUGCGCUGGAAACGGUCAAUUACUCCACCCUUCUGCAGGAUGUAUUCAGCUCUACCUCCAGCAACAGUGACCCAACAACCUCCUCUUGA